UCCGCUCGACCAUCCGACCCGUGCCUACAACAGAACUCACCUGAAGGGUGUGUACAAAGGAGUGCUUCUCAUUGCCACUGCUCAGGAUCCAGAUCAUCAUCAUUAUCUCCUUGCUUUUGCGGUAGUAGAUGGUGAGAAAAAUGCAAGCUGGGAGUGGUUUUUGACUAUAUUAAAAACUUUGAUACCAGAUGAUCCUCAGCUUGUAUUUUGUACUGAUAGAAACCAAAGCAUCAUCAAGAAAGUACACGAAGUUUACCCAUUGGUGAUCCAUGGAUAUUGCAAUUAUCACUUGUCUAAUAAUGUCAGCGGAGCUUGCAGCAAUGUUAACAAGAUAGGGGUUGCCAAAAAAUUUAGAAAUAUUGCUGGUAUUUACAGUGAGGUGGAGUUCAGAAAACGCUACAACGAUUUCAGGAAAAUGUAUCCUCAAGCGGCCGAGUAUCUAGAUGACAGUGUUCAUGAGACCAAAUGGGCAAUGAUGUUCCGGUGGAGAUGCUGUGGUUUCUCUCACACGGUUCCGAGCCCUCUUGGUUGGAUUCGAUGAGGACCCACCGUCCAGACCAUUGUCUCACUUCCUCUUCUUCUCUAUGGUUUCAUUCCUCUUCGCCGCAUCUCUCUUUUUCUUAACGGCGGCUCUCCUUUUCGCUGCCGCUUCUUUUCUUCUUUUCACGCCGACGUUCUUCUUCUUCUCCGACGCUUCCGCUGUUUCUUUCUUCUCGGCGAGUCGAGUUUUUGACGACAUUGCACACAUGAAAUUGGAGAUGGGGAUUGUUGUUUUGAGAUGAUUGUGCUUGAAUCCGAGUUGAUUAGAGAUGGAAGUUUGAAAUCGUGGUGGUUAUGGGAGAGAGAGUUUGAAAUCGUGAGUGGAGAAAGAUGAAAUUGGGAAUUUAGGGUUUCCAAGUUGGAUCGGGUCGGGUUAAUGGGUUCCAGUGAUUAGGUUUGUAAAUAAGUUGAAGUUUCUUGGUUACUUAGUCUUUUCCUCCUAUUUUCGUAAUAGAUUUUUUUGAACACUUUUGUGGUCCGUAAUAGAUUUUUUUUAACCCUUUUGUCCCUUCCCAGCAUCUGAUCCAUUGAUUCGGCUGUAAACAACUUACCGUUAUGCAGAAAUGAGAAUUUAAAAAUAAACAAAAGAAAGCAUGAUUUCAAAAUUUGAAUCUCGUAACGCCAAAAGCUUCAAUAACUCUUCGUCUUCUUCUCUUUAAACUCUCACACAUCUCAUACCUCUAAGCCAAGACAAAAAUGGCGUCUCUCGCACCAGGCAUCCUUUUGAAGCUCCUUCAAUGCAUGAACUCCAACACUCGCCCUACCGGAGACCACAGAUCCGCCAUCCUCCAAGUCACCGGAAUAGUACCUGCCCUCGCCGGCUCCGAUCUAUGGCCUAAUCAAGGCUUCUACGUCCAGAUCUCGGACUCUCUUAACUCCACCUACGUCUGCCUCUCCGAGCGCGACACAGAUCUCAUCCUCACCAACCGUCUCCAGCUCGGCCAGUUUAUCUACCUCGAACGCCUCGAAUUCUCCACUCCCGUCCCACGCGCCGCCGGAAUCCGCCCCGUCGCCGGCCGUCACGCCUUCGUCGGAACUCCUGAGCCGCUCAUCGCACGCGGAUCCAAGCGAGACUUCGUUAUCCAGCCUGUUCCCGCUUCUGAGUACUCGCUUGACCCUAUCGCCGUUUACUUAAACAACAAACGAUCUGACGACGAUGACGAUGACGUCACGGUGGCUCCCAGAGGAAGGCAAGCGCUUGCUCCCGUGAACCUAAACGACCAAAAACCUAAGCGGACGCCACAGAGAUUCUCGUCACCAGCAUCGGCUAAGCAGCGGUCAGUCUCAUCAGGGAAGAAGCACAGCUCUGAAAGAGAUUCAUCACCAGUUGUUUCCUCCAAAGGGAGGAGAUCUGCUUCUCCCGUUCCAUCCAAAUGCGUAGUGCCGAGCCUUGCAGCGGCGCGUGAGGAGAAUAGAAAGGUUGCUAGAGAGGCAGCCAUUGUUGUGCCGUCAAGAUACAGACAGCCAUCACCUAAUGGAAGAAGACUGUCCAUUUCACCCGGAAGAAGGCUUUCAAGUGGUUUGAAAAUGGCUCCCAUGGUUGGCGAUUCUUCCGGGAAGAAGAAGAUGGCCGCGCUUGCUGCAGGAAUCUCCAAAGUCUCCGAGGCUCUUGUCGGAUCUUCAGGUAACCGAAAGAAUUGGGAUGGAAAUGUUCUACCUGAGCAGAAGGAGAAGAGUAGUGCUAAGAAGAAGACUGAUCUUCAAGGGAUUUUGCGUACUCAGGCUGCUAUGACUAGACGUCUUAGUGAUGCGAAUAGGCGAAAGAGUGAUUCUUCAGCAUGUGAAGAGAAAGCCAAGUCUUGUUCAUCUGCGAGUAGUUUAGUGGAAGAUGAAGAAGACGUCUCAGCUUUUGCAGGACUUGGGAUCACUUAUCAUGAUAGGAAAUGGACAGAUGGUAGAGUUCCAUUGGAUAGCAUCUCAGGGGAUCUUGCAAGACUUGCAAAGGAGGCUGUGCAAAGAAGAAACUUUGCUGCUAAAGCUGCCGCUCGGGCAUUGGAGGAGGCUAAUGCCAAUGAGUGCAUCAUUAGAUGUUUAAGUAAAUUCGCUGAACUUUCUUCAGCCUCUAAGCUGGAGAAUCCAUUGCGAAUCAUCAACCAGUUUUUGACAAUCUAUGGAGACGUUACGAAAUACAGUCAGCUUGUUUCUGAAGAUAGUUUCCAGUCGUCAUCUGAUCCACCAAGUCCAGUCUCUCUUUGGGUCGAAGCUGCAUUAGCAACAAACCUCGACGUGGUCUCACUAGUCAAAAGCCAGAAAAACCUAGAAUCACCAUCUUCAGUGAAGAAACCAACGCCUACUCGCCUCUCUGCCGGACCCUCUACAAAGACAGACAAAGAUGGCAUGAAGGAGACAGCUAAAUUCGCAGUGAACGUACAAUCCGAAAUGCAAAUGUGGUUCAUUGGGUUCGUCGAAGAGUCGUUAGACAACAAAAAUGCGCGGCCUUUAGACGGUAGUUCCAUAGCUGCUGUUCUGUCUCAGCUGAAACAAGUCAACGAGUGGUUAGACCGUGUCGUGUCGGACAAAGAAAACCAGAUCACAACAAUGCAUUUAACGGACAAGAUUGAACGGUUGAAACGAAAAAUCUAUGGAUUCGUGAUCCACCACGUCGGUUCUACUUUUGACAACACUGCUUCUUGAUUUAUUUUUAUUAUCUUUUGGUUUUGUCGACACAGAUGCUUUCACGUUUCAAACUUUCCAUACAAUGCUCAUGUUUCUCAAAUGCUCGAACAUAUUAAUCAAAAACAAAUAUUAAGUGAAGCUAUUACAGUAA